AUGAAUCCGCCCGCUUUACCUGCCAAUGAGAAUGAAUGGAAGGUCACCUACGAUGGAAACGAUGACCAAAAACAGGUGUCAGAUGGAAGAAGAGUUCUAUCUCGGACUCUCUCAAUACCGAAAACCAUGUGCAUUCUGUCCGACGAAAAGACCGAGAUAUCGACAGUCACCGAACUCACAUCUCCGAAAAUGAAGCUACCAGAUCUCGGAAGUGAUAGUCCCGAGCGAGUGUUUCCAGUUCGAUCCGUCGUUUCCUUUGAUCCCACUCUUUCUCCGGCCCUCUUAACACCAUCACUGGAGAAGCUAGAGAGUCCAUUCCCCCAAUUUCCAUUCGGAGAUACAUUUCGAGUGACAGAAUCCCCCAAUGAUGAAUCAGAGGAAAUUCGCAAAACGCCCGGGGAUUCCAGUGAUGGAGAGCCAGCACCGAGAAGACCGGAUUCCCUAGCACGAAUGCAUCACCAACUGAGCCUUUCCAACAUUUCUUCAUCAUUACCGCGUUUAUCAGCAGAGAACGGAGAAUUUUCUUCCAUCGAUGAGUCGAUUCGCUUGUCAGAUAAAUCCCUCGAAGCCUCAAGUCCUUCCGCCCAGCUGCAGGAUAUCAUUCGUCAAGGCGGACAAGUGUUGACCAGGAAUGAGUUAAAGACAGGACUGGGAUAUUCAGAGGACGAAAGAAAUGUAGCAGUUCAACCGUUUGGCGCACUGCUUGUUCUGUCAGAGUUGGGCAAUAAAAUGGUUGUUCAAGCUGCUAGCUCGAACUCGAAGGACAUUUUAGGCUUUUCGCCAGAUGAUCUCUUCGAGCUGGAAUCCGUUCGCCUGGUAUUACCCGAGUCACAACAAAGCAGGUUCUUCUCACACAUCAACUAUGUCUCGAGUGAUCAUUAUGACGUGGCAACAUGGGGCCCUGAAGUCUUUCCACUUCAAAUUGCAAGUUAUGGAGGCAUCCCCAAACAUCUUUGGUGCACAAUGCAUACUAGCAAGGUAUACCGGAAUUAUAUCAUCUGUGAGCUGGAGCUCGACAUUGGAGAUAUUCAAGCCCAGGGAUAUGGCGUCGGUUCUCAGGAAUCACACGAAGAUUAUGAAAUGUCGACUGCGCCCCGAGCAGGCCCCACUGCUUUUCAGUCUAAACCCCAUCAUACAGAAAGAGCCGAUUGUCUAGAGUCGGGGCUCUUGAACGCGCUUCCCCGCAUUAUACAGCAGAUAUCAAGUGCUCAAACACUUGAAACAGUUGUUGAGCACUCCAUGGUCAGUGUGAAACACUUGAUACGCUCUCAUCGUAAUACUAUGUACCAUUUCGACAGUAACCGGAACGGCAUUGUUGUUGCAGAUUCUGUUGAUCCAUCUUCCGGUAUGAGUUCAUUAGAUGGCAUAGAGUUUUCCGAGUCAACCUUCUCAGCGGACUUGAAGAAGCAAUAUCUCCGCAAUAGAGUCACUUUUGCCUAUCGAAAAAGCAAAUUCACUGCAACCUUGGCUUACCGGGUAUCUACAGUCAAGGCUGGAUUGGAUCUAUCUCGUUGUUAUCUGUUGGCGGCCCCGGAAUCAUCCGAAGCGCAUCCAAAUAAUUCUGUGCAGGCUUGCAUAUCGAUUGGCAUUUACGUUUUUGGAAAACUGUGGGGAUUAAUAUCUUGCCAAUCAUACAACGCCACACGACUUCAUCCCCUUGUCCAGAGAACAUGCUGGUUAUUGAGUGAAACUUUCUCCAGUAACAUCGAACGCCUGUCAUAUACUUUGCCUUUUCAAGUCGAACAAAAACAUGUUCAUCCCGGGUCAGACACAAAGCAAGACAUCAAAACACCUUCCGGUGAUCUUCUCGACAUCUUUGGCGCUGAUUAUGCCGCUGCGUUUAUACUUGGAGAGACAAAGAUCCUGGGAAGACCUCCUGAUACCCAAGAAGCUUUGGCAUUGCUGGUAUUCCUGAGAGCCAAGGAACUAGAUACUAUCCUCUGGUCGACAGACAUUCUUUCUGACUUCGAAGAUCUCGAAUAUUCCCCCGGAUUCCGUCACCUCUCUAGCCUAAUUUACAUCCCUCUCUCCGCUGACGGGCAACAUUUUAUCAUACUCUUCCGCGGGGAGACGGAAAGCGGCAGAGGCCAGGGUGAGUGGUCGGCAGGCGAGCUCGGAAAAGCAUCGAUACUGUCUUUAUUGUACCGGACCUUCACCGAUAUCUGGCAGGAGAAGGAGGCUACCAUGCAGGAUAAUCAGCUCAUGAGACUCUUACUCGCUAACUCUGCUCAUGAGUUCCGCACACCUCUUAACGCUAUAAUAAACUACCUGGAGAUUGCCUUGGAUGGAAAAAUAAACCAAGAGACUCGAGACAAUCUAUCCAGAUCCCAUUCGGCGUCGAAGUCUCUAGUAUACAUUAUCAAUGAUUUACUGGACCUCACCAACGCAGAGAAUGGACAGAAUCUAAUCAAGGAUGAGAUCUUUAGUCUGUCUGAGACUCUGUGCGAGGCAACUGAUAUCUUCUGGGAGGAAGCAAGGCAGAAGCAUGUUAAUAUUCAAGUGGUGCAACAUGCGGCAUUGCCCACAGUUCUUGGAGACCAGCGUCGAGUGCGACAAGUUAUCACCAACCUUAUCAGCAAUGCCGUUCAAAACACCUCAACCGGCGCGGUUACCAUUGAGUCCUGCAUUCUGACCGAAUCAUGUGAGGAUGGACACACUGCUAUUGAAGUGGCAAUCCACGAUACAGGCUCUGGUAUGUCCCAAGAGGCAGUCGAGACAUUGUUCUGCGAAUUGGAGCAGGUCUCAAACAAAGAGUACACACAAAGCCCCAAAACCUACGAGAAAAACUCCGGCAUAUCAGCCUCAGAAACAGAAAGUGUCCUCGGCCUAGGUCUUGCACUGGUUGCAAGAAUCGUCCGCAACAUGAACGGCCAACUAAGCCUAAAAUCCGAAGAAGGGAAAGGCAGCUGCUUCAAAAUCCGUCUAAAAUUCUCCCUACCACCGGAAGAUCGCCACGCAUCCCAACCCGCCACACAAUCUAUCACGAACGCAGAUACCCAGUCCAAAAGGCAAGGAUGUGACACUGGAAGAUCAAACGAAGCCCCGUGCGACCGAAAUCAAUCAAGGAGUGCCGAGCGGGAAGAAAACAAAAACGAGCCAAAAUACGAGAAAGGCGGGGGUCCCUGUCAUUGCGGCUCAGCCAUCGGGAAAGUGAACAACCCACUCAUAGAUGCCGAUAUCUCAUUGAAGAAUGGGCAAUCGCGAAAUCUGACUGUUCUUUCUUCUGGUGAGAAGCUCGAAGAUAAAGUACCUUCGCGUUCUGGCCAAGACCGGAAGCACUCCGUCAUGGAUUCUGUUCCCCAACCGACCGGACCGGAUGAGAUUGGCAUGGCAGGGUCCAUGACUAGAAAUUCACUUCAUAUCCUCAUCGCCGAAGAUGAUCCUAUCAAUAGCUCAAUUGUCAAGAAGCGGCUUGGGAAAUUCGGAUAUUCGAUUUGCAUGACGGGGAAUGGAAAGGAAUGUGCAUCCGUUCAUCGCGAAAGUCCGUUUUCUUUUGACGUGAUUCUUAUGGAUCUUCAGAUGCCUAUCGUGGACGGGCUUAGUGCCACCAAGAUGAUUCGUGAAUACGAGCAACAAAGUACCAAUCGGAGGACUCCAGUUUUUGCAGUUUCGGCUUCUUUGUUCGAAAAAGAUCGUCAGAUUUAUUUGGAUGCUGGGUUCGAUGGGUGGAUUAUGAAACCCAUUGACUUUCAACGUGUGCAUUUACUUCUUAAUGGGGUUUUGUCUGCCGAGAGGAGGGAUGCCGCGCUCUAUCAGCCUGGAAUGUGGGAACAGGGCGGUUGGUUUGGCAGAUAG